GGGUCUCGUAGGACCCGGAUGGAAGCAAGAUGGCGGGCUGGUGGUGAACCCCGGUCGAGGGAUGUACAUUGAUAUUCCUUGAAGUGGAACAUAAGAGCGACUUCUCUUCAGAACAUCUUUUUUCUCAUCACCUGAUCCACCAUGGCCGGAGCAGCAGUAAAGUGGGUGAUGGCAAAGAGGACUGUCUUAAAGCAUUUAUUUCCAACUCAAAAUGGAGCUUUAUAUUGUGUUUGUCAUAAGUCUACGUACUCUCCUCUACCAGAUGACUAUAAUUGCAAAGUCGAGCUUGCACUGACGUCUGAUGGCAGGACGAUAGUGUGCUACCACCCUUCUGUGGACAUUCCGUAUGAACACACGAGACCUAUCCCUCGACCUGAUCCUGUGCAUAAUAAUGAAGAGACACAUGAUCAAGUGCUGAAAGCCAGAUUAGAGGAGAAAAGCGGACAUCUUGAGCAGGGACCCAUGAUAGAGCAGCUGAGCAAGAUGUUCUUCACCACCAAGCACCGCUGGUAUCCACGGGGACAGUAUCACAGACGUCGUAUGAAACUGAACCCUCCAAAGGACAGAUGAUCCUGAGGGUCUUGGGAGUCACAACGAAGGCACCUACUUGCUGUUGAGAGAGUACAGCCUGGUGCAUUCACUCAUGUGGUAUAGAAUAAAGUAGUAACAAUAAAUGUCUUUCAUGUA